ACGGGAUAUUAUUUUUCUAAGUGUUUUCUAUAGUAUACAUAAGUCGGAAUAACACGUAUAACAAGAUGACGUUUAUUUUAUUUAUUGCUUUCGUCGUUUUACGGUCAACUCCAGCAUUUUCUGAUCCUUCCGAUAUUCCAUCAUCUUCGUCCAAUCCGCCCGGUUACGAGCAAAUCGAUCACUCUAACUUAUUGGCCAACGACAAUAACAACCUGUAUCUAGAUGAAAGUUCUUCGGAUGUUGUUUUAGUUGUAGAUAAUGAAGAAUUCCACGCCCAUCGUGAAGUGUUAGCCUCAAGCAGUGAAUAUUUUAAGAGUUUACUGUAUGGUGAACAUAAAGAGGCCCGUGAAAAGAGAGUACUACUAGAGGAAGUCACAGCAACUUCAUUUAAAGUACUUCUUAAGUAUAUUUAUUCAGGUCGAAUGAAUUUAAGUAAUUUAGAGGGAAAAGUUAUUUUAGAAUUAGUAAGUCUCUCGAAUUUUUAUGGUUUUUUUAACUUAAAAUCUUCACUGUCCGAGUAUUUGCUGAACAACAUUAGUGUAGAUAAUGCAAGUUCGUUGUUUGCUGUUGCACAUUAUUAUGAACUCAAAGAACUCGAAGUUAUAUCUCUCAACUUUAUUGACAUGCACGCUUUAGAUGUAUUGCAAUCUGAAGAUUCUGUCGCUUUGUCGUCCGACAUGUUACAACAAAUUCUAAAUCGUGACACGGUGUAUACAAACGAAAUAGAUAUGUUCCGUGCGGUUUGUCGCUGGAUCAAAAAGAACCCAGAGCGCCUAGAUGCAGAUGCUAUAACCAAUAUUUUAUCUGCCGUCAGAUAUCAGCGUAUGAAUGAUGAAGAACUAUCGGAAGUGAAACGAUCAGACCUGGUUAUUUCGGAUACAAUUAUUUUGGAUAUCAUAAAAUGGAGAAUAGAGUCCCUUACAGGUGCACUUAAUUAUCUAGGACAUUUAGAACCCAUUAUGAAUUUCGCUGAAGGUACUGAGCGUUUUGAAAGUCAUGGCGGAACCAUGAUCAAGUUGAAUCGUCCAUUUUUUAUGAACUAUAUUGAAAUGAAGGUAGAAGAUGACUAUUUAAGUCAACCACUUUCAAGAGCUUGCUGUUCAUGCUGUUAUCCUUUCGUUAAGCCUUACUCGUAUUACAUUGAAGUGUCAAUUGAUCGACUCAAAUGGUUGCGUGUAAUUGAUCAUUCAAAUUCUCAUUGUCAUUCAAUUCAACGUUUGUGGAUUCCACGACAAUUUGUUCAGUACAUCCGAAUUGUUGGUACCAAAAAUACUGAUAAUAAGCCUUUUAGAUUUUUAAAAGUCAUGUACAAUACGGACAAAAUGCAUUUAGUGGAAAUUAAAAACGGAUUGGUGGCUCCACAGUUCAAUGUUGCUUUAACAUCUAUGAAUGCGACUGUAAUCGAAGGAAGCCCGAAAUUUUCAAGCACCCUUGUAUCAGGCGACUAUGAAGACUAUGAUAGUUAUUCAUAUCAUUUUUUAGGAUCAGGGUGUAUAAAAGUUCAACUCGCCCAACCGUAUGUGCUUAGUUCAAUGAGGAUGCUGCUCUGGGACUGCGAUAGGCGAACCUACGGUUACACUGUUGAAGUUUCAGUCGAUAAUUUGGUUUGGGAUAUGGUUGUAGAUAAAUCUAAUGGGUCGGCACAAUCGUGGCAAUUGUUUAAAUUUGAUCCCAGGCCCAUAGUAUACAUUCGUAUUACUGGCAUCCGCUCUUCAAAAAAAGACGGAAUUUUUAGAUGUGUACAUUUGGAGGCACCCGCUCAAAUAUCGCUGGAUUCCAAUAUUGCGCAAAAAGAGCAGUGGUCGAUAUUUCGGUUUUGCCGUCGUAAAUUAGCACCACUGUUCUCCAGAAGGCCGACUUCUAUGUAG